AUGGCCGACCGCGGCGGCCCUGCCGAGGCGCCCAGCCCGCGGGGCUCUCCCCGGCCGGAGUCCCGGGCCCCGCGCACGGUCGGGCCGGGCGAGACCCCACGGAGCGCGGCGCUGGCGCUGCGCUUCGAUAAGCCCAUCAAGCAGGCUUUCUACAACACGGGCGCCGUGCUGUUCGUGUGCCUGUGCUGCGGCGCCGCGGUGCUGGUGUACUUCAUCCUCGAGGCCUUCCUGCGGCCGCUGCUCUGGGCCGUGCUGUGCGGCACUUUCCUGCACCCGUUCAAGAGCUCGCUCACGCGCCUGGGCCGCCUGUGGCUGCGGCGCCUGCACCGCGCGCACACGCCCAUCGUGCUGGCCGCGCUGCUGCUGCCGCUCUGCUUCGCCGACUACGGCGUGGAGGCGCUGGGCGAGCAGGCGCUGCGCCGCCGCCGCCUGUUGCUGCUGCUGGGCGCGGGCGGCCCGCUGCUCUACGGGCUCUACUGCCUGGGCAGCUACCUGGGCGUGCAAGUGCUGCUGGCGCACGCGGGCGCGCUCAUCUGCCGCGGCCUCGACUACUUCAGCAGCCUGUGGAUCUGGACAUUGGUAGUUGGCUACGUGCUGAUGGUUUCAUUCAAGUGGAAUGCAAGCACUCAACGAUACCUGAGAACAGUUUCCAUUCCUGUUUGGAUGAUACUGCUUUUUCAUAUAGCAUCACUGGCUGGCUCAUGGAGAAUUCCAGUAUUCCUGGUUAUUGUUUUCCUGAUGUCUGUGGGCACCCUUUAUGAAAAACAGAAUGAGAAGGAGUCGGCUGGGGCAGAAUUACCAGGACAAGUGAUCUCCAUGGCAGCUUCUACUCUUGCAAACUUGGCCAUCUCCAUCACUGGGUAUGAGUCGAGCACUGAAGACCAGCCCUCUGACCCGCCGGCAGAGCCCACAGACAAGGGAGAACCCCCUCCAGCAUUGUCUGCUUCUUCUUCAUCCUCCUCUCGUUCCUCACCCUCUUCUCCUUCACCUACUUUGGGCAGACAGAGGCCUGAGAUGGGAACAUUUCUCAGGAAGAAGAAAACUAGUGACAUUUACUUUGUGUCUCUUGUGUGGGCCAUCAUUGCUGUCCAGCUCUGGCUGAAUCUGUGGAUUGUACAGCUGCUGCCGGUGCCUGUUGCAGUCUGGAUCAUCAAAAAGCUCGUGAUCCACUUUGGUGUGGUGGGCUUCCUGGAGAAACGCUGCCGCGCAUGGUGGCAGGUGAUUGAGUGCUUCCUGAAGGAGCGGCAGGAGGCUUUGGCACCUUGGCCGAUUAUCGGGCUUGGAAAGUUCUUACUGAAAGUCGAUAGCAAGAUGAUCAUCUGGUUGGAGAAGAUGUUAGAUAAAAUUAUUAGCAUUUUCAUCAUAUUCUUGCUAGUCAUAGGAACCCUUCUUUUGGCCCUUCUCCUGACUGCGAAGGUACAUCAAGAGAGUGUACACAUGAUUGAAGUCACAAGUAGUCUGAUUAAUGAAACUCUAGCAAACCACCCAGAGUGGGCAAAUUGGCUUCCUGAGGCUCAGGUGGUCCAAAGAGCUCUUAAUUCGGCAGCAAACAAUGUGUAUCAGUAUGGACGGGAAUGGAUAACUCAUAAGCUUCACAAAAUUCUAGGAGAUAAGGUGAACAAUACGGCUGUGAUUGAAAAGCAAGUUCUAGAACUGUGGGACAGACUGUAUCACUCUUGGUUUGUUAAGAACGUGACACACUCUGGAAGGCACAAAGGGCACAAGAUGCAUGUGAGUCGACAGAACAGCUGGCUGGGAGAUAUUUUGGACUGGCAAGAUAUUGCCUCUUUCGUUCAUGAGAACAUCGAGACUUUUCUUUCGAUAUUAUCUUUUGGCUUCCAAAUAUGGAAGAUGAAGAUCCUGGAGUCUCUGUGGAUUGUUAUGAGCCGGAACGUGAGCCUGCUGUUCACCACAGUCACCACCCUGCUGACCAUCCUCUUCUACAGUGGCACUGCUCUUCUCAACUUUGUGCUGUCUCUGAUAAUUUUCCUGACCACACUGUUUUAUCUGUUAAGUUCCAGUGAUGAGUACUACAAGCCAGUGAAGUGGGUGAUCAGCCUGACACCACUCUCUCAGCCAGGCCCUUCCUCUAACAUUAUCGGCCAGUCUGUGGAGGAGGCUAUCAGGGGGGUGUUCGAUGCUUCCCUCAAAAUGGCUGGCUUCUAUGGAUUGUACACCUGGCUGACUCACACUAUAUUUGGCAUCAAUAUUGUCUUCAUACCAUCAGCUUUGGCAGCAAUCCUUGGAGCUGUGCCAUUUCUGGGGACAUAUUGGGCAGCAGUACCUGCAGUUCUAGACCUGUGGCUGACACAAGGGUUAGGAUGUAAGGCCAUCUUGCUCCUGGUCUUUCAUCUCUUGCCAACAUACUUCGUAGACACUGCAAUCUACUCUGAUAUAUCAGGUGGAGGCCACCCCUACCUGACUGGCUUAGCAGUGGCUGGUGGAGCCUACUACCUGGGCCUGGAAGGAGCAAUCAUUGGGCCUAUCCUUCUCUGCAUACUUGUCGUUGCUUCCAAUAUCUACAGUGCCAUGCUAGUGAGUCCCACGAACUCGAUGCCCACACCAAAUCAGACCCCUUGGCCUGCUCAGACUCAGCGGACUUUCCGUGACAUCUCUGAAGAUCUGAAAUCUUCAGUAGAUUGACCUGGCUUCACUGCAGUGACUUCUCUGGGGAGUCUCACUUUGACAGUGAGUCCUGCGAGCAUUGGCCUUUGUUCUGUCAGCCGUGUCUGGCAGGCAGGGGUACCCAGAAAAGAAGCAGAAGCCUCCCAGCCUUACAUGCAGAACACCAAGUGAGAGAGAACUUGCUCUAGGCCGCUUCACAUUUUAAAACACAGCUUGAGAGUUGAGAACUGUGUCUGCUCACAACUCAUGCUAAGAUGGCUUGAAAGUUGCAGUUCAUGCACUGGUACCAAGGCUUGAAAUUGCCCUCUUUGAUUAUCUGCUGCAGUGUUUAUAAGUUAUUUUAAAGAUUCUGAGUUACCUACUAUUAAACGUAUAUCCAGUGUAAUGUUCCUCCUGCUGUAGGAGUUUAGCCCUUUUCAGUGAGAAGGCUUUCCCUGUGGAGUAUGGCCCAGUAAGCAGAAAAGGGAAAAGAUGGGUCCCUGUGCUGUGAGGAGAAACAGACACAGGAGGAGUGCAGCUCUUUCUUUCACCUGGGUUGCAAGAUUUCCACAACUUUUCUGACCACACUGAAAAGAUCCCUACUGAGCUGCUAUGAAUAGUAAUUAUGUGAUAGAUCCAUGCCCUCAGCGUUCCUCUCUUAACUGCUUUACAAGCACAGACUCUGAGAUGCAGUGGUCUCUGGGUUUGUCAUGCGUGUCCUCAGUUAGUUGCUUAGCAGCAGAAUUUCUUCUUCCACUUAGCACGGUGCCUUGUACUCAGGAGUCUAGACGAAUUCUUGCUGAGUUGGACUAUAACUUUGUACGUAUUUCAGAUAUGACACAACCGGCAUAGUGCUUUAUACUUUACACAGCCUGUGUGUACUUUACUUUACACACAUUUCACAUCAGCUCUUGGAGCUUUGUACUUUGGGGAGUGUCACCCUGGGGGCGGGGGUGGGGAGCUAAACUUGAGGACAGGGGCUGUGCAAAGCCACCAAGUGUUGUUACUUAUCUCCUGUCUUCUGAUGUUACAUCUGCAGAAUGCAUUUCUUAUGGCUUUGGCAGUUUCCCAGUCCUGUUAGCAGAGGUUCUCAUUCGAUACAUGUGAAAGAGUUGUCCUGCUUCAUGAUACAUGACACGGCUGGUUGAGCCCAGCUCCUAGUGUUGUGCCCUUUCUAGCUGUUCCUAUGCAGCAGAAGGGAUUUUAAUUUGGUUUUUGAAAGCACUUAAGACUAAAAUUUUUCUUAAAAGUUCUUACUAAUUUUAUAACUUGAUUGAUCUCACCAUUAAUAAAACCCACACAUAUACUGCAGUGUCAUUUGACUUUGUAUAGUAUAGCUCAUGCUGGUUUCCUGGUUGUAUCAUGAAUCCUUCAACAUUAUGACCUAUUAAUCCAUCAUCUGUUAGAUCUGACCACUAAACCACUUACUCUGUUCUUUAAUAAGUUGGUCAUUUGCUCAUUAAUACUUUUCUUGAGCAUUAGUAAAUUCUAGGCACCAUGCCAAGGAUCACAGGGCGCUGUGGGCGAUGACUCCCAAGAUGGCUUCUCUCACCUUAAAUGCCAGGCAGAUCAUGUAAAUCAUACUAAAUCUAAAAUUCUUGGAUUAAAAUGGUUGAGGAAAGAAACCAAGUUUUUGUUUGUAAACUGUAUUGUGAUAAGUUUAUAACUAUAAUUAGCAAUGCUCAUAAGCAGCAAAUAUACACAGUGAGUUUGUGUACAUCUACAAAUUAUGUUGCUCCAGUAUGCUUUUAGCCAUGUAAAAGCAAAUUUGCAAAAAACUUAAGUUUGAGCUAACUCAUAGUUGUUGGUAGGUUAGUUCUCAAUUUGAAUGUGAAUUUCUAGGGGAACUUUGAGCUCUAAGUUUAGAGCUUCCUAAGUUAGUGGUAAUGGUAUAAGUCUGUCCUGAAAUUUUAAGAGCAGAAGUUCUCCACAAUGACCUGAUCAGGAAACUCAAGCCACUCCAUUGCUACAGUGAAUCCAGGAAGGCUGCCAGUUGGAAAAACACCCUAGUAUGUGUCCGACACAGGGAGGAGGUUUUACGGAAUUUUCCUAGGACAGAGAGAGAAUAGAUAACAUGAGGUGGUAAGAAUCCUUUAGUCCCUAACCUAACUUACCUUGAAGAGUUUGUAUAAAAUUUGACCUGGGAAGAAGAGAAUAUAUAUGGCUGGUGGCUGGUUUGGGUUUUUUUGUUUUGUUUUGUUUUGUUUUGUUUUUUGUUGUUGUUGCUGUUUUUUGGUUUGGUGUGUG